AUGCCACGGUCAGUCUAUUCUCACAAGAAUAUGGUUUCUGCUCGUGCUCUUGAGCGAGCUAUUUUGAACUCCAACAUGGAAUACUCGAGUAUUAGAGUUGGCAGAAUGACCAUUCCACAACAACAUGCCAAUGUAUCAUCAUCGGAAGCUGUUGCUCCUUCUUCUUCACAUCAUCACCCUCUCGCGACCAAUAAUAUAUUACACAAUACUCAGCCUCCACCAUCAAGCGUUUCAAAUUCUUCAAUGCUUGGUAAUCAUGACAGACCACCACCACCUCCAACCUUGAACGACGGAGAAGGGGGAGAAGGAAACAACUCGGAUGGAUUUCUUCACACCAUGGUGAAUGAUUUAGAAAGCAAUGAGAGCUUUGUAGAGUUUUUUGAAGUGUUUCAAAAACAAGCACUGGUCAUGAUUAUGAAUCAAAUUCCCAACUCACGUACUCCAAUAUCCACUCAUUCCAGUAAGACUUUGGGAGAAUUAAUAUUUGAUAUGCUACAAUUAUAUGUCAAAUUUAAGGCUAGCAAAGUAAUGAUGAAUGAAAUUUUCAGAAUCUUGAAUGCACUUCUUCCAGAUACUUGUAAGUUGCCUUUCAAUGUCAAUACCUUACUCAAAAAGAUUAUUAAUGUAUCCAAGCAAUAUCAAAAAGUAUAUCAUUGCUGUGAUCAAGUAUGUGAAGCUUCUAAUCAUUGCUGUUCCAAAUGUGGAAUGGAUUGUUCUAAUAGUUUUUUCUGGAGUAAAUCUAUUGAAACUUGCACUUCAGAAAUGGUGGACUUGAUUGGAUUGAGAAAUUUUAAAGCUCAUUGCACUGUUCAACCAAAUAUCGAUGAAAUUAAUGACUGUAUAGACUCGAUUGAAUAUGAACGAGUUGUGAGAGGCUGGAAAGAACCGGAUGCCGUGUGUAUUACCCUCAUUGGUGGAGGUGAUUCAGGUUCUGUUAGCAAAAGCAGCAGAGUGUGCUUCCUCUUGUAG